AUGCCCGGCGUGUCUAACCCUGAUCUUCUGGCCCUGGGCCCUCUCGAUCACAUCCCUGCCAAGCUCUUCCUGCCGUUCAUCUUGUACUUUGAUACGCCCGACCCGCAAACUGCGCUCUUAACCCUCAGGAACGGCAUCGACAAGCUCGUCUCGCAGCUGCCUUGGCUGGCGGGCGAUGUUAUCUUCCACCAAGCCCCCGAUGGGCCGAAGGGUCGAAUGCACAUCGCGCCGCCGCAGGUCCCUCUCUCUCAAGUCUCCAUGCUCCAGGUGAAGCACUUCGCCCACGACGAGGAAUCACGAUCGCACCGCGUGCAAGCGUACCUGGCCCUCCCCACGUUCAUCCCGGCCUCAGAGCAGCGACCCGUGCUCCGCUUCCAGGCCAAUGUGUUCCCCAGCAAGCUCGUGCUGGCCAUGUCGUUCUGGCACAACGUCGUCGACGGCACGGGGGCCGGCGUGAUCCUCGAAGCCCUCGCCGAGUGCUGCCGGGCCAGCGCGGCGCAGACAGACACCCCUCUCGCCCAGACCAUUGCGACAACGCACAUCCCCCUCCGCAACCACGUCUCCCGCUUCCCAGCGCAGUGCACGACCCGUCUCGACCACACCGUCGAACUGGGCCCGCCCGUCUUCGACCCCAGCACGUCCACGGAGCAGUGGAACGCGGUGGAGUCCGCGCUGGCCUUCGUGGUCGAGACCACCCGGUACACCUUCGACCCACACACGGUCGCGCAGCUGAAAGACCGCUGCACGCAGCAGCUUCUAUCCCUGUCCCCGGAAAGUGCAAGCUGGAUCUCCAGCAACGACAUCAUCACCGCGACGCUGGCCCUCUGCGUCGACCGCGUGCUUCCCGACUUUCUCAUGGCCGUCAACCUGCGCAACCGCGUGCACCCCCGCCUCCCCGAUACAUACGUGGGGAACAUGAUCUUCCCCAUCCACGACACAAUCGAGCCACCGACACCACUCCCUUGGGCGGCGCAGGCCCCCACGACGGCCGAGGAACGGGAUCUCCAGCGGCUCGCGCAGCUAGCCCUAAGAGUGCGCACCCUGCUGUCCGUGAUGGACGAGACGGUGGCGUACAGCGCCUCGGCCGUCGUGGCCGACCACGCCGACUGGACGACGGUCGAGGGCCGGCCCGCGGGGAUUAUCCCGGGGUUGGCUCUGGUGCCCGGGGGGUGUAUCUUUCUCCCGGCGCGGACGGCGAGGAUGGUUGAUGGCGGCUGUGCGACUGCGCCGUGGGAGGUGUGCGUUACUACCUUGAGGACGGGGGAUUCGGAGAUGUUGCUGCAGGAUCCGUUGUUCAGGAGGAUUCUUGCGUGA